ACAACUCACUUGACUUUUCCAUUUGAUUACAACUCCCUGAUUCCUCAGUUAGCUUUCUUCCUCCGUCUCCGGAACCACACGAGUUAACGUUGUACCCAAACACCCCUUUGUCUCCAUUUACAUGCAGACAGAAACAUAUACAUCAGAAUCCUCGGAACCAUUAAGCUGCUCAUUCAGAUCAGGUAUUUGUUACUGGUGUGUAGUUUUGAGAUUGUUUUAGAGGAAAAUGGCAUCCAAUGGAACUGACUGUCCACAUCCUAUGAAGGCCACGUCUAAUGGAGUCUUUCAAGGAGAUAGUCCUCUUGACUAUGCACUUCCUUUGAUUAUCUUACAGAUAUGCUUAGUUCUUGUGUUUACAAGAUUCUUGGCUUACCUUCUCAAACCAAUGCGCCAACCUCGGGUUGUUGCAGAGAUAGUUGGGGGGAUUUUACUUGGCCCGUCAGCUUUUGGUCGCAGCAAAACGUAUCUCGACGCGGUUUUUCCUAAGAAGAGCCACACAGUGCUGGAUACCGUGGCCAAUCUUGGCCUCCUCUUCUUUCUGUUCCUUGUUGGACUCGAACUUGAUCCAAAAGCACUUGGCCGUACUGGAAAGAAAGCCCUAGCCAUUGCUCUGGCUGGAAUUAGUGUCCCUUUUGUUUUAGGGAUCGGAGUGUCCUUUGUUCUUCGAGGAACAAUCUCUCAGGGUGUCGAUGAAGCUCCAUUUCUUGUGUUCAUGGGCGUGGCGCUUUCAAUCACAGCAUUUCCUGUUUUAGCGCGUAUUUUAGCUGAACUCAAGCUCUUAACUACUGAUGUUGGCCGAAUGGCUAUGUCUGCUGCAGCGGUCAAUGAUGUUGCUGCAUGGAUUCUGCUUGCUCUUGCCAUUGCCCUCUCGGGCUCUGGACGUUCACCCUUGAUUUCACUAUGGGUUUUGUUGUGCGGUGCUGCUUUUAUUGUCGGUUGUAUAAUUGUCGUGCCCCCUUUGUUUAAAUGGAUGGCGCGACAUUGUCCAGAAGGGGAACCCGUCGAUGAAAUGUAUGUUUGUGCUAUUUUAGCACUAGUUUUGGCUGCUGGAUUUGUCACUGAUACUAUUGGCAUCCAUGCCUUGUUUGGGGCUUUUGUGAUCGGAGUUCUGGUUCCAAAAGAUGGGCCUUUCGCAGGCGCUCUUGUGGAAAAAGUUGAAGAUCUUGUUUCAGGGCUUCUACUUCCAUUGUACUUCGUAUCAAGUGGCUUGAAAACCGAUGUCACCACAAUCAAAGGGCUUCAGUCAUGGGGUCUUUUAGUUAUGGUCAUAGCUACGGCUUGUAUUGGAAAGAUAUUUGGCACUGUCGGGGUCUCACUUUUGUGUAAAAUGCCUUUCAAGGAGGCUCUGGCUUUGGGUAUUUUAAUGAAUACGAAAGGUUUGGUGGAGCUUAUCGUCCUCAACAUUGGGAAAGACCGAGGGGUGUUGAAUGAUCAAACAUUCGCAAUUUUAGUUUUGAUGGCGCUAUUCACAACAUUUAUCACAACACCUCUAGUUGUCGCGGUAUAUAAGCCGCAUAAAAAAGUGGAUAAGAAGGCAUACAAGCACCGAACAGUUGAAAGGAGCGAGACAAACUCUCAGCUCCGCAUUUUGGCGUGCUUCCACGGCGCUAGAAAUAUUCCUUCUCUGAUAAAUCUCAUUGAAGCUUCACGGGGCACUGGAAGAAGAGGAGGACUUCGUGUGUAUGCAAUGCACCUGAUGGAACUAUCUGAAAGAUCAUCUUCUAUGCUUAUGGUUCACAGGGCUAGAAGAAAUGGACUGCCAUUCUGGAAUAAGGUGGGAAGCUCUGAUUCUACUCAAAUUGUUGUAGCUUUUGAGACUUUCCAGCAUUUAAGCAAAGUGUCUAUCCAACCAACCACCGCAAUUUCCCCAAUGGCGACGAUGCACGAAGACAUCUGUGGAAGUGCAGAUACUAAAAAGGUAGCUAUGAUAAUUCUCCCUUUCCAUAGGCAUCAAAGGCUUGAUGGACUCCUAGAGACUACUCGAAGUGAGUUCAGGCAAGUUAACCGAAAAGUCCUUGAGCGUGCGCCUUGCUCAGUUGGUAUCUUGAUAGACCGCGGCCUUGGUGGCUCCUCCCAUGUCACAGCCAGAAACGUAGACUAUGUCAUGACAGUGUUGUUCUUCGGAGGACAUGAUGACCAUGAAGCACUUGCUUAUGGAAAACGAAUGGCUGAGCAUCCCGGUAUAAGCCUAAUAGUUGUAAGAUUUGUUCUGGAUUCUAAAGUAACAGGGGGUGUCAUUAGUGUUGAUAUGUCUGAUUUCACCAAUGCUGAAGAAAGGGCUAUAGAUGACCAAGUUCUCGAUGAUUUAAAGCGAACCAUCUCAGACAAGAAAAUGAAAUACGAAGAAAGAAUAGUUAACAGUGCUGCACAAACUAUUGAAGUCAUAAGCGAGUUUAGCAAGUGCAAUUUGUUCUUGGUUGGAAGAAUUCCAGAAGGUGAGAUAGCUAGAUCUUUGCUGACAAAAACAGACACCCCGGAAUUAGGACCGAUUGGGAGCUUCUUAGUAACUCCAGAAUUCUCAACAGAGGCUUCGGUUUUAGUUGUGCAACAAUAUCAUAGUAACAUGUCUGUGCAUUCACUGGCUUCUCUGAAAUCAGAAGAUGAAGGAAAAGAUGAUGAGUCUAGUGACGAUGAUGAAAAAUAGUGAACUGAUUGUCUUGUUGACAAUAUAUGUUAUCAUCUUACUUUUAAUUAUAAGUUUGUUCACGAAGUAAUUGAUCAAAAUGUUAUGUUAUGUGCAGCUGUAGCUGUAGUUCAUCUUACAUUUUGUUCUUACAAGUGACUUGAACUUGAUGCUUAGAUUUUGUGUAUGAAAAACAUAUAAAGUAAUAGAAUUUGUAAAACAAUA